CAAAGCUUCUCGCGCCAUAUAAAAAGCAUCACUAAAGAAAUUAAGACACGAGUCACACGAGCUAUACCUAGGAACGAAGUACUACAUUUUUUAUUUUUUCGAAAUAUUCUAAACAAAGAUUCCCUCAUUAUUCCAAUUCAGUUGGUGGAAGGAGAACAUCAUAAACAGACGAAAUGAGCAACGCUUCUAAAGUAGACCUGAACGAUGUGGAGCUCAAUGAGGUGGAACUAGAGAAGCAACCCAUGACAGUGAGAGAGUCUGGAAAUAACGAUGGCAUCUCACCUGUGACUGAGAAGAAUGGAAUCGUGAAAGUGAAGAUUCCAGAAGAGGAGAUAAAGUUCACAGGACUAUCCAAAGAAGAGCUCUUGAAAGUUGCAGGAACACCAGGGUGGGUUAAAGUACGUUGGGCACUUCUGAUUCUUUUCUGGCUCGGUUGGAUUGGCAUGCUGGCUGGUGCCAUUGCCAUCAUUGUUCAAGCUCCUCGCUGCAAGCCCAUCCCUGAAAUGAACUGGUGGAACUAUGGACCUCUGUACCUGAUAGGAGACGUUAACUCGUUCACAAAGUCUCCAGGCCUUCAAGGUCUGGCAAAUAAGAUAGAGAAGAUGGAUGAGUUGAAAAUAAAGGGUCUGGUCAUAGGCCCUGUCCAUGUGUCCACUGCUGAUGAGCAUAGAGAUCUGAGGUUAAAUGACAUUUCUUCUGAGACUGGUACUCUGGAGGAGUUUAAAAAUGUCAUUCAGGCUGCACACAAGAGAGGUAUCUAUGUGGUUUUGGACCUGACCCCCAACUACAAAGGAUCAGAGCCCUGGUUUACCAAUGAAGCUGUCAACACUACUGUGGUGCAACUCAAGUCUUCUCUGAUCCACUGGCUGAAGGAAGGUGUAGAUGGAUUUCUCUUCUACGGUGUUGAAAAGGUUUCCACUGAAGUGCCAUCUCUUUGGAGGGAUGUUGAAGUCAUUAUCCACAAUCAGACUGAGGGAGAAACGAAAAAGGUCUUAAUUGGCAUUACAGAUCAGUCCUCUCCUGAUGACAUAGCUGCGGUUUUGAACAGCACUGGUGUGGACCUACUCCUCUCUGGUGCCCUAAGGUCCAAAUCUGCUCUGGAAAUUGCCCACACUGUUGAUCGCUUGUAUUCCACUCACAAUCAGUCUCAGCUGGCUUGGAACAUAGGUGGACGCAUCACUGGACACCUAUCCUCACUAGUGGGGCUUGUCCAUGUCAAGUUGUGGCAACUAUUGCUGCUCACCCUGCCUGGAACACCAGUGUUUAAUUAUGGGGAUGAGAUUGGACUGCAAGAUAAGUCCACCAAAUACCCGGCGAUGGUGUGGAACCUCUCGUCGCAAGAUAUAAACGAGACUUCAAAGAGAGAGCUAGAGAAAAUGGGCUCUUUCCGUGCAUUUUUCAAGGCCGUGAGUGAAAAAAGAAUGAAGGAGCGCUCUCUGCAACAUGGAGAAUACUUGCCUUUGUUCAACUCAACUACUGCCUUGGCCUAUGUGCGUAGGUGGGACCAAAAUGAACGCUACCUUAUUGCACUCAACUGGCACUCGAAUGACACGAUCACUCUUCAUCUGAAGCACGCUGAGCUUCCUGAGCAAGCUACAGUAGUGUUCAGUACUACUUCGAAGAUGGCUUCUGGUGAUCUACUACACCUGGCAGCACUUAAGCUGGAGCCAGAACAGGGUGUAAUGCUGAAAUUUCCUUACACAUCCUAAAGAUGAGUUGUAAACUUUACGUUAGUGUGAGUAUCUAUUUAAAAUGGAUACAUUUUUUGAUGGGGCACUCUGUUACACUAGUUUUUGCCUACUAAAUUGAGCUAAACAGUAUGAUAGUGUUUUUUUUUUUUUUGCUGUUAUUUGCAAUACAUUCCAUAGGAUUUUUUUAGUUUUAUUUUAAAUAACAUUUGACCUAUUUUACUUUAGUUUUAAGAAAUUCUUUAUGUAACUUCUCCUACUGAACAAAAAACUGUUCAAAUUCGUGUUUCUUUUGUGUUCUGAAAAAAGAUCCAUGAAAAUGAAAGCUGUGGACAAUAAACUAAGUGGAGCAGUUUA